UAAUGCAAGUAAAAUAUCAAGCUGUAAUUCUUGGAGGUGGAUAACAAGCAGGAAAUAUGUUAUUUCCACUCUGUCAAGAUUAUUCUAAAAGUCUAUUGCCAAUUUGUAAUAAACCAAUGAUUCUCUACUAAUUAGAUGUAUUAGAAUCAGCUGGAUUUAUACCAUAAGACAUUUUAAUUUUGAUAACUAAAAAUCAUUAAGUUGUGGCUGAUUUAGUUUAAAGAAGAGCAGAAAUAUUUUAUGUGAGUGAUAAUUCAGAUUCAGGAUCUGCAUUAUUGGAAGCACAUGAAAAAAUUAAGAAAGAUUUCAUACUUCUGUCUUGUGAUAGUAUGAUUGGUGCCAAUAUCUUAAAUUUAUUGGAUUUUCAUUAUUCAACAAAAGCAACAAUUACAUGUUUGAUUAAAGAAGAAGAUCUAGAUAAAAAGUAAGGAAGAGCUCCUAUUUCUUGUAAUUUAAAUGAAUCCUUCGAUAUUAUGUUUGUUGGUUCAGAUUAUAGUUUAUUACACAUCUCUAAUUCAGAUGAUGAUGAUUAAGAUAAUCUUUCAGUUAGUAGAAAUGUUUUAUUGAGUUGUGAAAGUAUAUAAAUAAUGACAAAUUUAUUUGAUACUCAUAUUUAUGUUUGUUAAUAUGAAGUACUAGAAUUGUACCAAAAAUUAAUUAAGUAAGUAAUAGAUAUAUAAAAUUGGAAAGAAGAAUUCUUACCCUAUAUUAUUAAACAUCAAAAAAAUUUGAAUUUACUUAAUUUAAUAACCAAAAAGGAAUAAGGUCUCUUUCAUGAAAGAAAAUAAUAAUAAUUUUCAAUUAAAGUUUUUAUAACUUAAGAUUAUGCAAGAAGAUUAAAUAAUAUUAAAGAUUAUCAACAAGCCAAUUAUGAAAGUAUGAUUAAGGGAAAUAAAGGAAUUCCUCUUUAUUAAUCAGUCCAAGAUUUCUAAAUUUAAUAUCCUCCUGAUGCUCGUAUUAGUCCUGACACAGUAAUUGGAGAAGGAACUAGAAUUGGCAAUAAGGUAAUUAUAUAAAGAUCAAUUAUUGGUAAAAAUUGUACAAUAGGUGAUCAUGUUAAAAUCAGCAAUUCCAUUAUUAUGAAAAAUGUUGUCAUAAAUUCUAAGUAUUUAUUUAUAUAUAUAAAUAGUUGUUUAAUCUAACAUUGUAUUUUAUCAAAUGAAUCUGCUGUUGGACAUGGUACAGAAUUGAAUAAAUGCAAUUUAGGAAAUUUAGCAUCAAUUGAACCAAAUUAAAAAUUAGUAGAUGAAUGUAUAAUAAGAUGA